ACCGGAUAGGCUACACACCCGGAAACAGUUACGUUUUCGAGCCAGUUGCUUGUGUAUUGGGGGAAAUAUGACAUUUUCUAACUAAUGAAUCUGUAAAUCUGCGUUGAUAUCGGCAGACAGUUUAGCUACACGGACAUCAGUCACUUCUGAGCAAGAGGUUACCGAGUGCGGGCGGCAGUGGAGAGCUGUCUCCUGCCAGCUGGACGCCUGUCGUCUUUGUUUAUCGUCGCUUUAUCCCUGUAUUUCUCAGCUGGCCGGAGUUCGGUAUGGACGGUGAGGCGGACGGCACGGUGGCGGUGUCGGAGGACUGUGACCCCAGCAGGAGGCGGAGGGUGCACGGCAUGCUGAAGCUCUACUACGGGAUGAACAAGGAAGGAAAGGCCGCGGAGGAGAUGGAGUCCCUGGAUCCCUGCGACAUCAACGGGCCUCAUUUUGACCCCGAGCUCUACCUCAACAAGCUGAGAAGAGAGUGCUCUCUUACGGAGCUGAUGGACCAGGAGACCUGCAUGGUCAAGCAGAUCCGCUCUUUGGACAGUGACAUGCAGACGCUGGUGUAUGAAAACUACAACAAGUUCAUAUCUGCUACAGACACCAUCAGAAAGAUGAAGAAUGACUUCAAAAAGAUGGAGGAUGAAAUGGACUGUCUGUCUGCUAACAUGGCGGCAAUCACAGAGUUCAGUGCUUCUAUCAGUGGAACUCUUCAAGACCAGCACGCACAGAUCACAAAACUCUCAGGGGUUCACACUCUCUUAAGGAAGCUGCAGUUUCUGUUUGAACUGCCUGCUCGGUUGAAUAAGUGUCUGGAGCUGCAGGCCUACGCUCAGGCCGUGAGCUCCCACCGCCGCGCCCGCUGUGUGCUGCAGCAGUACAGCCACCUGCCCUCCUUCAAGGGAAUUCAGGACGACUGUCACGCCAUCAUGGACAAGCUGGCGCAGGAGCUUCGGCAGAAGUUCAGGGAUGGAGGGUCGAGCGCCAAAGAUUUAUCAGAGUGUGUGGAGCUGCUGCUGCAGCUGGAUGAGCCAGCGGAGGAGCUCUGUGAUAAAUUCCUGAGCCAUGCGCGAUCUCGACUUGAGUCGGACCUCCAGGGUCUGGAAGCAGAGAUAAGACCGUACCCGUCUGCCUCAGCUGUGAAAGAUGCUUCUGCACGCAGGCCGUUGUCGACCGCAGGUGCUGGAUCUCCGACCGAUAACUCCCCUAAAACGAGCACUCUACCUUCCCCCACCUCAAACACUGACAUCCUGGAAUUCAUUGACAGAGGCUGCAAUGAAUUUGUCAGCAGCUUAUGUUUGGUAAUUACAUCCUAUCAGGAACUUUUUAUCAAUCAUGCUCAGACAGGAGAGCUAGCGACCAAAAACAUCCCACAGAUGGCAAAUGGCAAGCUGCACGUCUUUGUGGACGACCUGGCAGCUCGGUAUUUCUCGCUUGUGGAGCGGAGAAUACAAGAGGAGAAAGGGGUCGGAGAUAACUCCCUCCUGGUCCGUGCACUCGACCGCUUCCACCGCAGACUUCAGGCUGUGGCCAAACUGCUGCCAGGCUCUGCCGUGCCAAACAAAGGCACUGAGAUUGUGGUACGGGCAGCGACAGAGCGAGUCAAGCAGUACCUGUCUGCUCUGCAGAGCUUCUACAUGGACAGUUUGACAGACGUGAGGCAGGCCUUGGCCACGCCUCGGCUCUCUGUGGCUGGUGCUUCAGUGGCUGGAGGCGGAGCUCAUCUGGGGGGGGCGGCCUCUGGUAGAGAUGCUCCGACCAGCCUGCCAGAGCUGCUCUCCUCCCUGUCGGCCUCCAUCCUCAAUCAGAUUAAGUCAGUGCUGGCAUCAGUGCAUCUCUUCACAGCUAAGGACAUCACGUUCUCCAACAAGCCGUACUUCAAGGGUGAGUUCUGCAGUCAGGGAGUACGGGAGAGUCUGGUGGUGAGCUUCAUAAAGUUUGUGUGUCAGUCUUCUCGCCAGUUCUGUGAGAGCGCUGGAGACAAAGGAGGGUCGACCCCCCCGGCCCUUCUGUUGCUGCUGUCUCGCCUCUGCUUGGACUAUGAAACCUCGACUAUCUCCUACAUACUCACGCUCACAGAUGAACAGUUCCUUGUGCAGCACCACAGUCCUGUAACACCCGUCACAAGUUUAUGUGCAGAAGCCAGGGAGGCGGCACAGAAACUACUGAACCAUUAUGUCAAGGUUCAGGGCCUGAUAAUCUCCCAGAUGCUAAGGAAGAGUGUCGAAACACGAGACUGGGUCAACACCAUCGAGCCACGAAACGUCCGAGCUGUGAUGAAGAGAGUCGUAGAGGACACCACCUCCAUUGAUGUGCAGGUGGGACUUCUGUAUGAAGAAGGUGUGAGGAAAGCGCACAGCAGCGACUCCAGCAAAAGGACUUUCUCUGUCUACAGCAGCUCCAGGCAACAAGCGCGCUACGCUGCCAGCUACACUCCCAGUGCUCCCAUGGACACCAACCUACUGAGCAACAUACACAAGCUGUUUUCUGAGAGGAUAGACAUCUUCAGCUCAGUGGAGUUCAACAAGGUCUCUGUGAUGACGGGAAUCAUCAAGAUCAGUUUAAAGACCUUCCUGGAGUGCGUCCGCUUGCGCACCUUUGGCCGCUACGGGCUGCAGCAGAUCCAGGUCGACUGCCACUACCUGCAGAUGUACCUGUGGCGCUUCGUCUCCGAUGAGAACCUUGUACACUUCCUGCUGGACGAGAUAGUGGGGAGCUCCGCCCACCGCUGCCUGGAUCCCGCGCCCAUGGAGCAGAGUGUGAUCGAAGUCAUCUGCGAACGAGGUUAAAGCUCAAAGUGCAGCACGGGCCACAUAGUCCACACUCGCCACAGAAUUACAUCACACACUGGAACCGUACAUCCACUUCAAACACUCUCUGUUACACAGUUAAUGAUGAUGUCAACGUUAUUGAUUAUUUGAGAAUCGGUUUGCAGGGUCUAAACUCUACUGUAAAGGUGAUGUUCACAUGCUCAGAAACAUUUGAUCUUAAUAUCUAUAUAAUCUAUAUUUCAUCCUAGGCCCUACAAAGAGCAUUAAAAACAUCUAGUAAGGUUUAAUCUUCUAGUUUAAUCUUGAUUCAUGAUUCAAGCUGAACUUGUAAACACAUGUUCCCCUUGAAGGAGGCGUGUUUAAUGUGAAUACAGAGUAUCAAUGAUUAAAGAAGAAAAGUUGUGUCUGUUGGAAAUCUCAUGUAUUAAUAAAUUCUCUCAGGCAUCUUUUGCUGAAUAAUUAGCAGUGUGGAUGUCAUCUGAUUACAUCCUUCAUGUCUAACACUAAAGUAACUACAGCAGACGUUUGAGCCUUCAGGCCCACUCUGUGUUUUCUGUGCAUGUGUCACACAGAUUAACGUGUUUAAAAUGGUUUAAAUUUGUUUGUCCACAAUAAAAGUGAAUGAAUGUGA